CGGACUGUUUUCUGCAGUUCAACCACGCUCAAAUUCGUAUCACGUCGAAACGGAGGAACCGCACGGACCUAUCAUCACUCAACCAUGGUGCGCAGGGCGUUGCUUAUCGGCGCUAGCUAUGUCGACAGCACUCAUCUGCCUACUCUGCGUGGAGCGGUUAACGAUGUCGUGCAGGCGAAGAUAACGCUCACGACGGUGUAUGGAUUUGCAGAGGCGGACGUGUGCGUGCUGGCCGAUGGACAAGUGGAUGCGAGCUGCGCUAAGGCUUGCACAACGCCGCCUACGAAAGCUUGCAUCCUGGCGGCGCUUGAUUGGUUGGUAAAGGGUGCGUGCGCGGGUGAUGUGCUGUUCUUCCACUUCUCGGGAUAUGGUACGCGUGUUCUCUCGGCAUCGUCGUGCGACUCUCUCGAGGAGGCUCUCCUUCCGUGCGACGCUACAGUGUCGGAUGUGUGCGGUUUCGGAAACGUUGUCGAGCACAGUGUGUUCAGCGCCAAAUUCGCCUGCAUCCCCAAGGGUGCGACGGUGGUUCAAGUGUUUGAUACAGCCUUCAAAGGUGCCGACGAGUACGCCCUCGCGGGCGUGAAGCACUCUGUCCUUUGCCACGGUUUGUCGACGAAGGUGGUCUCCGCUAGAGGUCUGGAUAACGUGGCAUCGCUGACGGCGUGCAGGAGACUGAAUGCCGAAGGUCGUUUCACAUACGUGCAAUUCCCUCUCUCGGAUGCGUGCAAUGCUUUGUACUACGACGUCCCCUCUGCUUGGCUUGCCUGUGCAGAGGAAGAAACCACCUGGGACGUGGUUGUCGACUGCAAGCCGGCGGGUAUUUUCAGCCAUCACCUGUACAGCACUGUGGUCAGGCAACACGAGAACGAGCUCCAGAGCCAGAACGUUUGCAUUCUUAACUCAGUGAUGUACGCGCUCUGCGCCAGAGGCUUCAAGCACAAGCCGGAGUACGUUGCUGCGGAGGACUCGAAGAAGUUGGCUACUUUCCUUCCUCCUGCGCCUGAGAAGAAGUUCCCUCCCAGUUUGACGAAGUUGCAGGAAUUGGCCAUUGCCUGUUUGAAGGAGGAAGCGCUGUGCAAGACUGACGAGGCGUUGAUUGAGCAGCUGGCGACGCGUUUGGCUCUACCAUCACGAUGGUUGAGCGUCAGUCUGUACUUCAUCACUAUGGUUGUCAGCCACGCCAAGUCCGCAGUCGCCGCCUCCAGAAUCGAGGAGCUCGCAAGGCGGCUUGCGCGAUGUCAUGGCCUCACGUUGGCCGAACAGCAGGCCAUCGUGGACGAGCUGACGUGUCUGAUUGGGGAGGAUGGAUGGGCGCUCUUGCGACUGUUGUUUGCAGCCGAGCCCCCGACCGAUCUGAAGUUUCUGGAGAAGAAGACGGAAUGCCGUCCUCCAUGCCUUCCUCUAUGCCGCCCUGCAUGCCCUCCUGCGGAUUGCAAUGCGCAUCUGCGAAAGCUCAUCUCCUUCAUGGGAGUCGAGGGAUACGAGAUCGGUCUGAAAUUCAAGAAUGAGUAUGCGUGCCUGUCCAUCGAGGAGCGCAAGCGCCACUACAAGACGCUCUAUGUAAAGGGCGGCAUGGAGGCAGUGACGACGGCGGCCGCCAUAGCUGGCGACGCCUGCUACAUUGAUGUUCUUGCCGCGGCAGUGGGCGAGCAUGUCCGCUGCACCGCUGUGUCCACCGCUUGCUGCCCGCCUCUCUCCUCUUUCUACUCCACCCUCUCUGCUUCUCUAAAAUGUCAGCUCUUGCAAUCUGUUGUCUGUGCUGCCGGGUCUCGCGGGCACGAGAUCGCGGUUCGCCUGGCGGACUGUACAAAGCUCCUUGGGRACUCCGAGAAGAAGAGUUUGUAUGCCGAAMUGGUGAAGCUCGGCGGAGUGUCUGCGCUUGCCGCCGGCGCACGUCUCGCUGCUGAUGUCACCAUUCUCAAGACUGUGGUGGCCGCCGGAGAGCGCGUCCGCCUCGUUCGAUSCGAGCCGCCGGUGGAGUUUUGUGCGCGAAGGGAGGCCAGGAGACAGAGGGAGAAGCAAUUGCUCAAGGAGGUGAUUGUGAUUGCUGGCUGUGCGGGUUACGAGUUUUCUGUCCAGCUGAUGCAAGAGGGGUUGACGGUGGCGUGCCGGAAAGAUAUAUAUUCGAAGCUGUUCGCCGAGGGAGGCGUUGAGGCUGUCGCCAUAGCCGCCCUCGUUUCCGAGGACGAGACUGUGAAGGGCGAGUUGGAGAAGGCAGGUGUGGAGCACGCGGCGUUUGUCCAAUGUCCGGCUGCCGUGUCUUCCAUCAGUCUGCUGUUCCUCCCACGCAGUGCGAAUGUGAGUACCUGCUGAGUACGGAAGACAGGCGAGUUGGCAGCGCGCUUUGCAACAUUGCUCGGAAAGAAAGCUCGGUAUGAGAAGGCCCGGAAGAGGCAUGUUGCGCAGAUCGU